AUGGAUGGUAGUAGUUUACCAACAAUUAUCACACCCACAAUUAUUACAGAGAUUGAAUUGAUAACGAUGUAUGUGAAUAAUACAGUGACUACCAACCAAAAUAAUACAAGUAGUAAUGUGAAUUCAAUUGAGAUAAAGUUAAUUAUACCGUUAUAUGUAAUUAUAUUUGUGUUAGCAAUAUUAGGUAAUAUAUUAGUGUUAGUAACAUUAGCACAAAAUAAACGUAUGCGUACGGUAACAAAUGUGUACCUGUUAAAUUUGGCGUUUGCAGAUUUUUUGUUAGGCGUAUUUUGUAUGCCGUUCACACUGGUUGGCCAAUUAUUACGAAAUUUUAUUUUUGGUGCAACUGUAUGCAAACUAAUACCAUAUUUUCAAGCUGUUUCCGUAUCUGUCGGAGUAUGGACAUUAGUUGCUAUAUCACUAGAACGUUAUUGUGCUAUUUGCCGUCCAUUGAAGUCACGCAGUUGGCAGACACAGUUCCAUGCAUACAAAAUGAUAAUACUUGUAUGGAUUUCAAGCUUGGUAUGGAAUUCACCGAUAUUAUCAGUGACAACAUUGAAGCCAAUACGAGGACGUGUACCCGAACGUUAUAAAUGUCGAGAAGAUUGGACAAAUGUCGCACAUGAACAAGCA